ACAUUUUAUUCAUCACUUAAUUUAACACACUAAGAGUUAUAUAAUAAGAAGUUGAAAAAAAUGGCUUCAAAAGCUUUGAUUCUGUUUGGUCUCUUUGCAGUUCUUCUCGUCGUCUCCGAAGUGUCUGCAGCAAGGCAGUCUGGCAUGGUGAAGCCGGAGAGUGAGGAAACAGUGCAACCUGAAGGUUAUGGCGGAGGACACUACGGAGGAGGAGGAGGCGGAGGACAUUACGGUGGAGGAGGAGGCCACGGACAUGGAGGAGGAGGCCACGGACUUGACGGAUACAACGGAGGACAUGGUGGACACGGAGGAGGAUACAGUGGAGGGGGAGGCCACGGAGGUGGAGGACACCACGGAGGAGGAGGCCACGGACUUGACGGGUACAACGGAGGACAUGGUGGACACGGAGGAGGAUACAGCGCAGAAAGGAGGCCACGGGCUUAACGAACCUGUUCAGACUAAGCCCGGUGUUUAAAACUCUAUAAGACUAUAAUAUUUUAAUCAGCAUGCAUGCAUGGUUGCACUGAUAUAUACACAUAUGUGUGUAUGACUAUAAAUAAACCGUGGUGAGUUUGUAAUGCAGUCCCUUCAGAAAUGUUUGGAAUAACGUUUCAUAAUAUUAAUUAGUUUCAUAAAUAAACCAUGGUGAGUCCUUUCACACAAAAACUAAUAUCGUUUCUAGGUGAAAUUACUCUCUUUCGGUUU